AUGGUUCUUCUUGUCAUCUCCCCCAUGGAUUUUACGAUGAUAUACUUGCUAUGCACAUUCGCCGUUGCUCUCAUACUGCUCCGGCGAAAGAGUGCAUCCUCUCGCCCUCUCCCGCCCGGUCCACCCGCAGACCCAUUGAUCGGGCAUCUGAGGGUAUUCUCUCCUGCGCACCAACACUCCCUGUUCCGAAAGUGGGCAGGAGAAUACGGAGACAUCUUCCGUCUGAAUAUUCUCGGGCAGCACCUGGUAGUGCUGAACUCUGCGGAAGCGGUGAUUGAUCUCCUAGAGAAACGGGGCACCGUCUACAGCGACAGACCGACAUGUACAAUGUUCGAAAUGAUGGGCUGGGAGGCAGAUGUUGCCGUUAUGCCUUACGGCCCUCGGUGGAGGAAACACAGGAAGAUGCUCCAGGAGUAUUUCAAUUAUAACAAGUGUCUCACGUAUCGCGGAGAUCAAGCUCGGGAAGUGCAUGCGCUGCUUAAGGUCCUGCUGACAGCACCCGAGCAAUUUCUCACAUUAACUCGCAGUUUUGCUCUGUCGAGCAUUAUAAAAAUCACGUACGGCCAUCAAGUCCUACAUCCCUACGACGACGUUUACAUCAAGCUCGCUGAAGGGGCUUUCGACGCCUUGAGCGAGGCUGCUGCAGGAAUGUCCUUGUUGGACCUCUUCCCAUCUCUGCGACAUGUUCCCUGGCAUUGGUUCCCUGGGUUUUCGUCCCUGACGGCUGCCGCGCGCCGCUUGAAGCCCGCUACGAGGAGGUUGCAUGAUUAUCCCCUUGAAGACAUUCGGAGGCAGAUGGACAUUGGGAUCGCGCAAUCGUCCUUCCUCGCCUCCCAUCUGGAGGCCCUCGACUUGGCUAUGGUCAGCGGCGAGGAGCUCGAAGACCUCAAGGGCGCGGCUGCCGUUAUCCUCAUAGCUGGGGCAGAUACUACUUGGUCGCUCAUUCAGACGUUCUUCGCCGCGAUGUUGCUGUUCCCCGAGGCGCAGCGAAAGGCACAGGAGGAGAUCGACCAAGUUGUGGGGUCCAGGCGGAUCCCAGACUCCAGUGAUCGCGACGCGUUGCCAUUCGUGGAGUGCGUGCUCCAGGAGACGAUGAGAUGGCGACCGGUUGUUCCUUUCGGUUUCGCACAUAGGAGUCGCGAGGACGACGAGUACAAUGGGAUGUUCAUACCGCAGAGAUCGGUGGUCAUACCCAAUGCAGUAGCGAUGAGUCGCGACGAGAAGAUUUACAAGGACGCAGAUCAAUUCUACCCCGAGCGCUUCCUUCCUGCUCCUGCGGGGCGCGGUGAGCCGCAUUUCAAUGCUAGCUUUGGAUUCGGUCGGCGAAUUUGUCCCGGGCGCCAUUUCGCGGACAAUAGCACAUGGCUUGUUGUAGCAUCAGUUCUCGCCAUGUUAAACAUCACCAAGGUCUUAGGAGAGGAUGGGAAGGAGGUUGAGCCAAAGGUGGAGUUCACAACGGACGGACAAGUGAGCCGACCAAAACCGUUUGCAUGCACUAUUCGACCACGUUCUGAGGCUGCGAAGAGUCUGAUUCUGCAGCAAUAA